CCACCCCCACCAGCAGCACCAGCAGCAGCAGCAGCAGUGAGAGCAGAGAUGCGCCACGCUAGGCCCGGCUGCCGCAGCACCGCACCACGACGACGAUGGCGAAGGCAGUGACGACGACGAGGAGGAAGGAGAACAAGCACUGGACGAACCGCGUACGCGACGUCAUUGUGCUGUCCGGCGCCGAGACCGGCAUCGAACAAUCGAACGCCAUCAUCGUCAAAGGUGGCGCUGACGUCGGUCAGUUUGCGUGGGUGGGCGAGGCCAAGCAACACUGCCUCAACUACCACAGCGGGGCGCUGGCGGUCGAUGACAUCAUGCUGGAAGUGAAUGGACAGAAGGUGGCCGGCCUGACGCAGGCAGACGUACAGCGAUGGCUGCACCACUGCGCAAACGAGAGCAUUGUUGGCAGCAACAGCAUUGUCGGCAGCAACAGCAUUGUCAGCAGCGACGACAGCAUUGUAGCCACACGCAACGUAAUUGUCGGCAGCGACGACGUCAUUGUCGUCGUCGGCGACGACGGCUGCAA